AUGCUUUUAGAUUCUGGUAGCCAUAUAUCCUUAUUAAAUCCUUAUAUAGCUAAACAGUAUUAUGCAAAUUCUAUAAUAUUUAAGCCAAAUGUUAUAAAAACUUCUUGUGGCGAACAAAUAGCUAAAUAUGAAGCACAUAUUUCUGCUUUUAACGAAUUUCAAACUGAAGAAAAAAUUAUUUUUACAUUGUUUGAUUUUCAUCCAUUCUUUGAUGGACUUAUCAGUUUUAGAGACCUAAGAAAUAUGGGAUUUAAUUGGAAUUUUCAAGAAAAUUUCCUAUUUAAGGAUGCUGUUAUUAUUCCUGUAUAUUUAUGUUAUCCUUCAGAUUACAGUAGCAACUAUAACUUAAAAUUAAAUGACUUCGAAAUUUUGAAAACAAAGUUACCGGUUAAUUUUAUUGAAAAAGGAACGUAUUAUGUUCCACAAACCAAAAUUAAUUCACAUUGUUACAUUCCAGAAGGGAUUGUUAAUGUGGAAAAUGCUCAAACUGUUGUAGAAAUUCAUAAUGUUAGUAGUGACUAUACUUAUGUAAAUCUUCAAGGCCCUUUACCGGUUUUUCCACUAAGUGAAUUCGAAAUAUGUAAAGUGUAG